AAGUGCUGCCCCACCGGAGCCUCCGCGCCCCCCUCAAGCGGCUCCGGCCCCUCCCCCCCCCUCCGAGACCCCCCCCCCCGGGGACCCCCCCCCCAGGACCCCCGACCCCUCCUCAGGGACUCCCGGCAGCGCCAGGAACCCCCCGAGACCAGCCCGGGCUGCCGGCAGCGCCACGUCCGCACUGGGAGUGAAGCGGGACUGGGGGGGGGGAAACUGGGAGGGGGAACUGGGAACACUGGGAGGAGCCGCCAUUGACCCUCCGGGGGGGAGGAUGUGAAACCGGGACCUCUGAGACCCCCCAGGACCCCCUGAGACCCCCCCAGGACCCCCCCAGAGCCCCCGCGAUGCGGCUGCGCCUCAGGAACAUUUUCCUCGUUUAUUUCGUGGUGUCGCUCGUGGGGCUUUUCUGUGCCCUGCGUGAGCUCGGCCGGCCCUGCCCCUGCCCCCCCCUCGAGCCCCAGCGGCGCCGCGGCCGCUCCGGGGGGGCGCAGGGGGGGGAGGGGGCGGCGCUGCCCCCCAUCUACGUGGUGACCCCGACCUACGCCAGGCCGGUGCAGAAGGCGGAGCUCGUUCGCCUCUCUCAGACCCUGCUGCACGUCCCCGCCCUGCACUGGGUGGUGGUCGAGGACGCCGCCGCCCCCUCGGCUCUGGUUGGGGGGGUGCUGGCAGCUUCGGGGGUCUCCUUCACUCACCUGAGCGCGGAGACCCCCCCGGAUUUGCGGGGCCGUCCCGGGGACCCGUCGUGGCUGUUCCCGCGGGGGGCGGAGCAGCGGAACCGGGCGCUGCGCUGGCUGCGGGACACGCGGGGCAGCGACGAGCCGGGCGUGGUGUACUUCGCUGACGACGACAACACCUACAGCCUGCGGCUCUUCGAGGAGGUGAGGGCUCGGGAGAGCAGGGAAAUCCGGGAAAAAGCCCAAAAAUCCCCAAAAAAAUCUGACCUGGAAAAGCGGAAAUUCACCUGAGCCUCAGUGAUCCAU